AUGAUGUUUACUGAUCUCUUAUGGGAAGUAGAAUCGGAAAUACUAUCUAGGGUUCCGGCCACGUUUCUAAAGAAGUUUCGAUUUACUUGCAAACGAUGGUACAAUUUAACUAAAGAACCGAGCUUUAUCAAGAAGAACUCUGGUAAAGCUGCAACACAGAUGCUCUUAAAGAAAAAGAAAUCUGUUCUUCCCUUCAACAUCGAUUUCCAUGGAAUCCACAACAGGUAUGAUCAGUUUAUUGAGUUUACGGGUAAACUUGAGAGUCCAAAGGAUUCAGAAGAUGUCAAGGUAUCUGAAAUCUCUCACUGUGAAGGUUUGAUAUUAUGCAAGACCAAAGACAAGAGACUCGUGGUUUGGAACCCUUGUACUGGCCAAACCAGGUGGAUACAAUCUAGUACAAUGCACCAUUCGUGUUUUCUAGGAUACGAAAACAACAACAAAUCGUGCAAUAGCUACAAAAUCUUGAGAUGUAGCUAUGAUAACAACGACCAGGGCGCCACAGUUGCGAAGUUUGAAAUUUAUGAGUUUAACUCCGAUUCAUGGAGGGUUCUUGAUGUCACUCACGAGUGGUUCGCUUGUUCCGAGGUUAGCGUGUCUUUAAAGGGAGAUACGUAUUGGUUAGAUUCAGAUGAAGUAGACGGUCUGAUUAAUCACAUAGUCAGGUUUGAUUUCACAAGAGAGAGAUUUGAACGUCUGCCUCUUCCGUUUCCGAGUCAUGGUUAUAAUGAAGAGCUUGCAGUUCUAUCAGUUGUCAGAGAAGAGAAACUCGCGGUGUUACGUCAGCUGUGGUUUGAUAUGGUUAAUGAUCUCAAGAUGAAGAUAUGGUUGACCAAUACUCAGACUGAUGAGGCCAAAGGCUUGUCCUGGAGCGAAUUCUUAGUAGUCGAUUUCAAUAAACUUGGCAUACAUGGUAUGACUAGGGCGUCGAGUUUCUUGGUGGACGAAGAGACUAAAAAGGUCUUGUGUUGUGAUACAGACAUGGACGAUGACUAUAGGACCACAGUUUACGUUGUUGGAGAAGAUAUUCAUAAAGAAGUCUAUAGAGAGAUUCCAACGGGAUCAUGGUCAUGGCAAUGUCCACUUCUCAUAAGUUAUGUUCCAAGUUUAGUUGAAAUUCCAACAAAGGCAGUAACCCUGGUGAGUGGUGGCAACGAGAUUAGUCAAAUUAUUAAUUAG